AUGGAAGACCCUGAAGACCCCGAAAAGCGUCAGAUCACGGUGCUGGCUCAGAAAGCGGUCAUCGCUUUGGAAAAGUGCCUCCAAGUCUCGGGCUCAUUUUCCCACUUGGCUGAAGCUCAGCUCGCGCGCUUUAACCUGUGGGCUACCAAUAUAGGUGUUUUCGCUAAGUAUAAAGCAUCCUUGGAGUAUCGUCUGAGGGACAGCCCAGACGUUCAGAGAAUCAUCAUCAACCUGCUCGAGAUUCUGGCUCUAUAUGCCGGUCAGGCUCUUCGCACCGAGUUGGAAGUAUCUAGCCCCAACAAUGAGGAAGCAAGUCGCUCAGAGGUAUCAACUCAGUGUGAGACCACAAUCCCGGGACACGACAUCAGUAACACAAUACCUUACCAUUCAGAUUUUCAGAUGCAACCUCUGAACAACUUGUCCAUCGUGCCGGCAUAUCAAGCCGUAGAGGACACCAUCACUCGUCUUCAUCACCUUUCAACUGCGAUACGUAAUGCUGGAGUUAGGAAUCCUUAUUCGCGCAUCACUCGUUUGAUUAUCCUUGACGAAGAUGGCAAUGAUAUCAAUCAAGCCUUUGAAUCCUUCAUAUCCCAGGUGCUGAAGCUCCGACACUCUCGCUUGUCGGAAGCCUUGCGAUCUCGACUUGCGGAUGCUAUUUGCUUUCGACGACGUCGGUUUCUGUACAACAAGCCGUCGGCAAAGAAGUACCAGGGUGGCUUCGUCGCCCCGGUUCUGCCGAGUGGCCGGGGGGUCCACCAUAUACCCACCCCACCAGCCAGCCGGAAGCGACCCUCAAUACCAGAUGCUCCGCUCCCUCCGCCCGCGCAAGCCCUUACGACUCGAACGGCGUCUACCUUUUAUCCUCAACGAUUCCAGUACCCACGCUUAUCGGAACCGUCUGUGGUGUCUACAGCAACACCAAGCUCUCACAUUCCGCAAAUGAAUGAACACAUUCCCAAACCCCCAUCAGUAGCUUCCGGACAGAAAGAGGCGCAAUGCCCAUUCUGCCCUUUUGUCAUCAAUAUCAAGUAUCUGACUGGCACUCGAUGGAUAAAGCAUUUUCAGGAUGACCUGGAACCGUACAUCUGUCUCUUCGAAGACUGUACGAGCCCUCGUGAGCUGUUCUCUUCCGCUGAGCAAUGGCUGGCGCACAUGAAAGCCCAUCCAGCACCAUCGGCGGAAUGGAUCUGCGCAAUGCACCAUGCAUCGUCAAAUCAGAUAGUAAUGAAGACUGCCGAGGAGUUUGCGAAUCAUAUCAGAGACAUGCAUUCUGGACGUUUUACCGAUAUGCAGAUCAAGAAGCUUCUGAUCCGAGCCGCGCGACCUGGUCCCAUAUUUUCCAGUUGUCCAUUCUGUGACUGGCUGGAGCAUCCAGAUCCUGAAAAGCCAAAAGUCUCUGGUGGGCCGACACCUAUCGAGGAACACAUUGCUGACCACCUGUUCGACUUGGCGCUUUUGUCGCUUCCGCCGAUGCAGAAUAACGAGACCAGCGACGAGGAGAUAAGGGACAGUUUGGCAAACGUAUCGAUCGUUAGUGCCAACCGCCACAUCACAUCUCUCCUGUUCCAAGCGUUGAUGCUCUUAGCUAUCAACCUGAUUCGCCUCCUCCCCGGGAUAGUUUGUCUCCCUUUGAACAGAGUCCGAGACCUCUUCCCGCAAGCGACGAUCCAAAUUCUCAAAGUUUCUCCAGGUGCAGAUGGCAUGAUUGCUCUUACUCCUGCACAUGGGGCUUUCAAGGAAGAUUUGAUCCACCAUAUCAAAAUCACUCACGGUGGGGUAGUUGUGGAUAACGCCGAAGUCCAUCCGUUCAAAAUUUUCGAGGAGCUGGAACAAAAAGCUCUGCAAACAUCGGGGCAACCGCUCAUAUGCAGGUGGGAUGAUUGCCCACAGCGCGAAUCUUUCUUUUCAUCGCACUCCUUGCUUUUCCACAUCGACCGCGACCACGUCGUGCCCGAGAAUGGUGACUAUUCUGGGAGCAUUCGUAAUUUGGAUCCAUCUAUGAUGUCCGCCCCGAAAAACCCGAAGGAUUAUUACGCCGUCUUCAAUGACCAUUUUGAAAUCGAGCCCCCACGAAGAGAAAAUUCGAUGGAAGAAUUGCCGGGGCAGGAGUCUGAAAUGAUCAAAUGCAUCUGCGGCCUCAACCACGAUGACGGCCAGACGAUUUACUGCGAAAAAUGCAAUACGUGGCAACACAUAGUUUGCUACUACGGCGAUAGACAAUUCCCCGAUGAACAUAUGUGCGGAGACUGCCAGCCCCGUCCUCUCAAUUCCCAUCGCGCACGAGCUCUGCAAGAAGCUCAACUCGAGGCGGCAUCAGCAGCAACUCGGCGUGAAGAAGAGAAUCGAAAGACACGAAAGCGCCGCAGAAGAAAAGAUCGGGAUCUUGGUGAAGCUGGCAGCGACUCCAGGGCUGCUUCAAGCCCUCUCCCCCGACGCAACGAGCCUGGUGCCGAAGCGGAUCUAUUUCCCAACGAGAGCGCACCGGUCCGAAAGCGCAGACGUCAAAUCCCUUCAGCUCCUGUUUAUAUGUCUACAGACAUCUCAGAGAAGGAACCCCCAAGCAAGAAGCCUCCCCGUAGCGAGCAUCAAGAGCUAUGA